CCCUGAUCAAGUAGGUGCUGAAGUGGCUUCUUCGUGUGCUGUGAGUUUAAUUCAGUUCAGAUUGAUAUGAAGAUAAGAAAAUGGGUAUGGCGACUCGGACUUCGGCGACGACCGGGUCUUGCGAUGACCAGCAAGGGGAAGUAGGUCUGAAAUCCGGUCAACCGCAAGCUCAACUUCCUCAACUUUCCUCCACCACUUCCUCAAAAUCCGUCUUCCCUUUCACUCGUGGUGUCAACGCGUGUGAACAGCGGUUUAGCUACCGACAGCACGAGCUGUACGACGAAGACGUGCCGAGUGACGACGAGGAGGGGAGGACUGAGACGGAAAGUCUCUCGUUCCUAGUGGUCGGGGAUCAAAAUGCAGGAAAGAGUACGUUUUUACACAGUUUCUCCAACUUUGAGGACAGCAACUUCAUGCGCCUACAGUCCUUUCUUCCUGCGAUAACGAGCACAUUUAGAAAUCAGUGCUUUACUUCGGUGACGGCAACGGCAAAUGCGUCUUCGGAAGAUGCUCGACAAGCGAAGCACGACGUUGCUGCGGGGACAGCAGAUGAACAUGAAAGUGUUGGAGUAAAGCCUGAUCAUGAUAUGGAGGGAGAAGCACAACUAGUACAAGGUGUCGCCAGGGUUUGUGACGAGCCUCCUUAUCUUGACACCGAUCUUGGAACUGCGACUGUGCUGUUGACUGCGGAAAACUUUAGCUUCUUUCUGCGCGAAUUUGAGCUCGAAGAAACUGUCAGAUUAGCUGACUCAACGAGAUUUGUCCAGAUUCGUUUUCACGAAAUUGGAGGAGAUCACUUAGAUCGACUGAUGGUGAAGCAAGCUGAAGAAGAACGAAAGAAAAACACUAUAACGGGAACGGUGUCAAGCUCAAUAUCCACUUCGACGUCUGCUCCUCACUCCUACCUACUAAGCUCUCAACUUCGUGAAAGCUUGAGAGUUUUGAAAAAAGUCACGCGGUUGGUCUACUUCGUGAACGCGCGGUCGUUUCUGGAAAAUCCGAAGGAGUCUUUAGCGACUUUAAAGCGGCGACUGACUUUCCUGUCCGCUGUGUGUGAAAAAGCUAGCGAUGUUCAGUUCUAUUGUAGUCGGACUGAGGAACACCAAGAAGGUCGGAGACUGGAGGAACUGGGACUACAAGUAAAAAUAGAUACAAACGAAGAGCAAUCCGAUGAUGAAGACCAACGACCUCCGCAUAAAGAAAGACGCCUUUCUGCCGACAGGAGUGGGGAUGAAGCUUUCCACAAUGUCCCAUCAACGGAAGCUUUUUCGGAUGAAUAUGGACGUGACAAAUGGCAAGCUGAGAAGCUUUGCAUCCAAGGCUUCCACUCAGGUGUGGGUUUUCAGAAGGUUAAUACUGCGAUUUGGGGGUUGUUUUCAAGAACGUCAUCUAGAAGUUGUGAUACUAGAAGUGGAGAAGCGGCCCAAGAAGCCUUGAAGAACCUUCGUUGCACUGGCGUAUUCCCGACACGCAACUUAGAUUCUGAAGGCCACAUCGCAGUUUGCUCUGUCCUGAUCGCACUCAUCCGGUUACUCGUCUCGGUGGGCAAAACAAAUUUGGACGGUGCAAAUUUCUCAAAUCUUCCAAAUUCUUCAAAUAUCAUGUCUACAACGUCUACUUUGGAAGAAAAUCUUCCCGAGUUCGUGGAGCUUUUCGUCUCUUGCCAUCGCUAUUUCCGAGAAACCUCUGGCGAGAUGUAUUUGAGCGAAGCCCACUGGCGGAAAUUCUUAGAGGAAGAGGUGGAUGCUUAUUUCAUCUCAGGGAGUGGUCCUGACGUUCCCUUUCUUUGGGAAGCUGGUGUUAGUUUAUAUCAAAAAAGGGGGCUUGUUGUUUGCAAGAAAGUGGUGGCUCCUGUCGUUGAGGAGGACACUGAGAAGAAGACCAAGGAUGAUAUAAGAACUGGUGUUGUAGUUCGAGUUGGUGGACGGAACGAUGAUAUUAAAGAAAAUGAUGUUGAAGGAGAUACUUUCAACAUGGCAGACAGGCACGAGCUGAUGCCCGAGUCCAACCAGGCGGAGAAAACUACACAUGAAAUAGAGGAACCUCUGACAUCAUCAAUUCCCUUUGUGCGUCUGCCUGCCCACGAAGGCCUGUUCGAGCUGCUGACAUGUGAAGCCACUCGUCAAGCGCAAUUAAGGGUUCUUCGAGAGGGAGGCAAGCUCUUUUCAUUAUCUUCUGGAAACGAUUACGAUAGUACUACGGCUGAAGCCGCGUUUCACAUGAGGCUGCGGAAUCUAGGGACUGCGUUACGAAAGCGCGCUGAUGAAAGUGCACGUGCAGCCACCAAGAAUGACGAUGUACUUCUAGACGAACAAGAGCAAAAGUUUGAGCAGGAAGCAGAUUUGAAAAUUUUUGAGAAUGCUAUACUGUGAUCUUUGCCACGCACUUGCGCCUAGUACUGGUCCCAGGGAACUCCCCAAGAAUGAGCUGCACGAGGGCUGCUGUGCCUGAUUCUUGUUCAUCUAC